AUGUUAGUGUGGUUUUAUUUUCACUUUUUGUUAAAAGUUGUAACUUGUACGUUUGCUGCUUAUCUAUAUUCAACUAGAUGUCAACAUAUACAAAACUACGUAAUUACAGAUGCUACUUCGUCCACACGACUAACAAGUAUUACCAAUGGAAAUUAUACAAUUCAAGCCAUAAUAACCAUUACUGGAAAUACAUUUUGCAAUAUAGUAAGCCGAUCUGGUUUAGUUCGUCAAUAUGCAAUUGAGUAUGCUCUUUAUAACGCUUACAAAAAAGUAAAUAAUUCACAGGUAGCAAAAAUUGGUUUACGGAUUGAUGACGAUUGCGAGAGUUUGCCUAUUACAAUGUCGAGAGGCAUUGAACUAGCGUCGAUGCUACGUGAAAAUUCUAUUUGUCGGAAAAGCUUUCUUCACUGUUCAAGCAAGAGUCAAAGAAACUCCAAUGAUAUACAGGCUCCAGUUGGUAUAAUUGGAACUUUGCUUAGCCUCACAACAAUCCCUUUGGCUACUUUAACGUCACUGUAUCGAAUUCCUCAAAUCAGUCCUGCGGCUAGUAGCAGCCUGCUGAGUAAAACUGACCUAUACAAGUCUUUUUUCCGAACUAUUCCCUCAGAUAAUAAUCAAGUGUCUGUGAUGUUAGACAUUAUUGAAUCUUUUCGCUGGAACUUUAUUAUAGCUGUUGGUUCUGACGAUGAUUAUGGCAAGCUGGCUAUAUCUGAACUAGAAACAAGAGCUCGAGUAAGAAAUAUUUGUAUUACCGAAACUAUAUAUGUACCAUUUAAGUCUCCAAAUACUCAAAAGAGUGUCGAAAACCUAAUGGAGCUUAUUGUCAAUAAAAUAAAGGCUAAAGUUAUUAUUUUGUUUUUGUAUGUUGUUGGUUUAGGUAACUUUAUAUUAAAUGAAGCUGAAAAAAGAGGGGUACAAAGAAUAUGGCUAACGAGCGACGCUUGGGUUACCGAUGCAGAAAAUUUGAAUGUGACAUUAAAUAACCAAACUCAUGGUAUCAUUUCAGUUUCUCCAAAGCGCUACGAAUUGCCAGAUUUUGUUCAAUUUAUGGAAAAUGAAGUAAAGAGUAACUUUGUUUGUAACAUGUGGCUAAAGAAUUUUCUCAAAAACAGUUUCAAUUGUGAGCCAAGUAACAUUUCUAGCAAUAAAGAAAUUUUGUUUGGUUAUAACAACUGUUCAGUUGACGUUAAAAAUGUUAUGAAGGAACUAUCUAGUUCCAUUGGCAAAAUUAGCAACCUUGUUGAUGCUGUAACUGCGCUUGUUCUUUCUAUUUACAAGUUCCUUGAUAUACGUUGCAUAAAAGAUAAAGACUGUUCUAUAUCUGCUAUUGAUCCAGUAGAAUUAAAUACUAUAGUCCGAAAUAUAUCUUUUAAAAAUAACAUUGGAAAAGUUGUUGAGUUUGACCAAUCAGGAGAACCAACAUACGUUUUUUACUCUAUAGAGAACUUACAACUUUUGAAUGGACAAUUAAAAUAUGUUUCGGUUGGUAAUUGGAGUAACAAACGUACUAAAAACCUUUUGAUUGAAAAAAGUUUAAUAAAAUGGCCUUUUUGGUUUAAGAGAUUACCUGAACAAGAAUACCCGAACUCUAGAUGUAGUGAAGAUUGCCGAAAAGGGCAAUAUUAUACAGCAAAAACAGGUUGUUGUUGGAGUUGCGAAGAUUGCGGAAUCAACAAUUAUAGUGAUACAAUAAUGGCUAAUCAAUGCUUACCUUGUGAACCAGGUUAUUAUACACCGGAUCAUACCAUAUGUUUAGUUAUACGUAUAUAUUGGAGAAGAUAUAAUGAUGUAGAAGGAGCCGCAAUAGUUAUUGCUAAUGGAAAAAUUGAUGUUGAAAACCAACCAGUUAAUAACGGUUCUUUAUUAGAAAAAAUUUGCAAUGUCGAGUUGUCUCCAGCAAAACUUGUUUCUAUUUUACUUCCGAUAAUUUUACUUACAAUUUCGACAAUUUUUGCUUUUCGUGAUCGAAAUAGUAAACAUAUACUUUACGAGCCUAAAUUUUUAUGCUUUUCUUGUGCUGCUUUGAGCAUUAUAAUGGCAGCUUUUUUAUCAACAUUUAAGCUUCUAAAUGUAAAUUUAAAGACUCUGGUUAUGGCUUUCGCGGUUAAUAUUUCUGGCUACAUUUUAAUGAUCUGCUUUGUUUUACCAAAAAUAUAUUUGGCACACACUCGUUUUUUUAACAUAUCCUCAUCAAGAAAUGCUUCCUCGCCAUGUCCGAUAAUUGAAAAUGAUUUAACGAUAGAAAAAAAUACUUUAACCAAUAAUAACGAUGUUGUACCAAACAAAAACAAUAUAUUACCGAAAAAAGAUACCUAA